CCCAGGCGCCCGGGAACUUUUUUUUUUUAAUUUUUUGUCAUUGGUCACUCAGUAGGGAGGGGCAAGGAUGCCACCUCAGGUAAAGACCCUUCACUGGUUGGACCUGCGAGAGAAGAAAGCUGAUUCUUGGGCUUUGUGUCCUGGUCCCUUAAGGGGUGGAGACUUGUGUCCUGGCACAAGACUGGGGCUGUCGAAACCCGAGAGGGCGGGGCUCCUUACCAGGUGUGCAGGAAGCAGAGCCACCCUAUUGUAACUGGUCCCUCUGAGGAGGUGGUCGCCAGAGCACAUCUCUCUUACUUCAGGCAUUGUUGUACAUGUAAUCCCAAUACCAAGAAUGCAUCUCAGACCCCUCUGUAUUUCACGUGACAAGAACACCUAAUCCAGACUGGUUUAAGAAAAAAAAAAAAAAAGGAUUUUCUUGGCUCGUAACUGAAAUUCUGGAGUUGGGUUUGGCAAAGCAUGCCUGGUUCAGGGCUCGGGAGGUGAUUAGAGUCCAUUUCUUGGCUUUGGGUGUUUUUUCUUUUGCUGUUAUUGACUGGUUUUUGCAGGCUCUUCUCAUGUUUGUGAGUUGGAUUCCAGCAAUUGUUUGGGCAAUGUAUAUCCAGGUUUGAAUCUAAGUGGAAAAGAGUGAGCAUUCUUGUCCUCACUUUGCAGGGAGCCUCCUGAGAUUUUUCCUGUGACCAGACCAGUCUGGUCAUGUAUCCAGUGUGUACUGGUGACUGUCGGCAGGGAGCGGUGGCCCUGGUGCCAUGUAGUCCUCAGAGGAGGGUUGGUGGGAAGUUUCCAGAGAAGAAUAAUCAUGGGCCAGACUGGGAAGAAAUCUGAGAAGGGACCGGUUUGUUGGCGCAAGCGUGUAAAAUCAGAGUACAUGCGACUGCGGCAGCUCAAGCGGUUCAGGCGGGCUGACGAAGUGAAGAGUAUGUUUAGUUCCAAUCGUCAGAAAAUUUUGGAAAGAACGGAAAUCUUAAACCAAGAAUGGAAGCAGCGAAGGAUACAGCCUGUGCACAUCCUGACUUCUGUGAGCUCAUUGCGCGGGACCAGGGAGUGUUCAGUGACCAGUGACUUGGAUUUUCCAACACAAGUCAUCCCAUUAAAGACUCUGAAUGCUGUUGCUUCAGUACCCAUAAUGUAUUCUUGGUCUCCCCUACAGCAGAAUUUUAUGGUGGAAGAUGAAACUGUUUUACAUAAUAUUCCUUACAUGGGGGAUGAAGUUUUAGACCAGGAUGGGACUUUCAUUGAAGAACUAAUAAAAAAUUAUGAUGGAAAAGUACAUGGGGAUAGAGAAUGUGGGUUUAUAAAUGAUGAAAUUUUUGUGGAGUUGGUGAAUGCUCUUGGUCAGUACAAUGAUGAUGAUGAUGAUGAUGAUGGAGAUGAUCCUGAUGAAAGAGAAGAAAAACAGAAAGAUCUAGAGGAGAACAGAGAUGAUAAAGAAAGCCACCCACCUCGGAAAUUUCCUUCUGACAAAAUUUUUGAAGCCAUUUCCUCAAUGUUUCCAGACAAGGGCACAGCAGAAGAACUAAAGGAAAAGUAUAAAGAGCUCACCGAACAGCAGCUCCCGGGCGCCCUUCCUCCUGAAUGUACCCCGAACAUAGACGGACCAAAUGCUAAAUCUGUUCAGAGGGAGCAAAGCCUGCAUUCAUUUCAUACACUUUUCUGUAGGCGAUGUUUUAAAUAUGACUGCUUCCUACAUCGUAAGUGCAGUUAUUCUUUUCAUGCAACACCCAAUACUUACAAGCGGAAGAACACAGAGACGGCUCUAGACAACAAACCGUGUGGCCCGCAGUGUUACCAGCACUUGGAGGGAGCAAAGGAGUUCGCUGCCGCCCUCACCGCGGAGCGGAUCAAGACCCCGCCGAAGCGGCCCGGCGGCCGCAGGAGAGGCAGGCUCCCCACCAACAGCAGCCGGCCCAGCACCCCCACCAUCAACGUGCUGGAGUCCAAGGACACAGACAGUGACAGGGAAGCAGGGACCGAGACGGGCGGGGAGAACAACGAUAAAGAGGAGGAGGAGAAAAAGGACGAGACUUCCAGCUCCUCCGAAGCGAAUUCUCGGUGUCAAACGCCAAUAAAGAUGAAGCCCAACAUUGAGCCUCCGGAGAACGUGGAGUGGAGUGGUGCUGAGGCCUCGAUGUUCAGGGUCCUCAUCGGCACAUAUUAUGACAAUUUCUGUGCCAUUGCUAGGCUCAUUGGGACCAAAACUUGUCGACAGGUGUAUGAGUUUCGCGUCAAAGAAUCGAGUAUCAUAGCUCCGGCCCCGGCCGAGGAUGUGGACACCCCGCCGAGGAAGAAGAAGAGGAAACACCGGUUGUGGGCUGCCCACUGCAGAAAGAUACAGCUGAAAAAGGACGGCUCCUCCAACCACGUUUACAACUACCAGCCCUGUGACCAUCCACGGCAGCCUUGUGACAGUUCGUGCCCUUGUGUGAUAGCACAAAAUUUUUGUGAAAAGUUUUGUCAAUGUAGUUCAGAGUGUCAGAACCGCUUCCCCGGCUGCCGCUGCAAAGCUCAGUGCAACACGAAGCAGUGUCCGUGCUACCUGGCCGUGCGCGAGUGCGACCCCGACCUGUGCCUCACGUGCGGCGCCGCCGACCACUGGGACAGCAAGAACGUGUCCUGCAAGAACUGCAGCAUCCAGCGCGGCUCAAAGAAGCAUUUAUUGCUGGCACCAUCUGAUGUGGCAGGCUGGGGGAUUUUCAUCAAAGAUCCUGUACAGAAAAAUGAAUUCAUCUCGGAGUACUGUGGAGAGAUUAUUUCUCAAGAUGAAGCAGACAGAAGAGGGAAAGUGUAUGAUAAAUACAUGUGCAGCUUUCUGUUCAACUUAAACAAUGAUUUUGUGGUGGAUGCAACCCGCAAGGGUAACAAAAUCCGUUUUGCAAAUCAUUCAGUAAAUCCAAACUGCUAUGCAAAAGUUAUGAUGGUGAACGGCGAUCACAGGAUAGGGAUUUUUGCUAAGAGAGCCAUCCAGACGGGUGAAGAGCUGUUUUUUGAUUACAGAUACAGCCAGGCUGACGCCCUCAAGUACGUGGGCAUCGAAAGAGAAAUGGAAAUCCCUUGACGUCUGCUACCUCCUCCUUCCCCUCCUCCUUUCUGGAACAGCUGCCUUAGCUUCAGGAACCUCGAGUACUGUGGGCAAUUUAGAGAAAUAAAAUGCAGUUUGAAAUUCUGAAUUUGCAAAGUACUGUAAGAAUAAUUUAUAGUAAUGAGUUUAAAAAUCAACUUUUUAUUGCCUUCUCACCAGCUGCAGAGUGUUUUGUACCAGUGAAUUUUUGCAAUAAUGCAGUAUGGUACAUUUUUCAACUUUGAAUAAAGAAUACUUGAACUUCC